CUUUAUGAGAAAUACCGUGGACAGGGCCACAUAAUGUUCUACAAUUUGAAUGAAAUAUUCGAUAGCAUGCCAUUAGUCGCUAUAUUAUCUGAUCAAAUUUACUGCUGCCACGGCGGUAUUUCUCAGUUCGCGCAGUACCGAAGCGAUAUCGCUAACAUACCAAGAAAAUCAGUGUGGGCAAGCGAUAUUCAGGGAUACAAGAUGAAAAGCAUUUUCACAGAUACAAUUUGGGCUGAGCCACAUUUCAAACAAACGUUGUUGUACUCGCCAUCGGACCGUUACUACUCGUAUUAUUUCAACAAAAGUGCUCUGGAAGUGAAACUGCGCCAGUUCAAAUGUCGAGCACUCGUUUGCGGCGUCUCAUCCAACCCAAAUAACCUUUCUUUGCAAACUGAUAAAAAUGAGGGAAGUGGCUGUGAGGAGCUGUUCGGCGGUCUAUGUUACGCUAUUUAUUCAUCGCAUAUGGACCGGCAACGCAGUUUUGAAGCAGCCGUAUUACUUUUUAAAUUCAAUCCGUCAACUUCGCUGCUGGGCGCUGAAGUACGCUAUCACAGUGUAAGCAAGCUGCAGUUCAGCGCAGCUCUGAAAACUCUCAAGACUGAAUUCAUUAGCAGCAAGUGA